CAUCGUCGUGGGCACAAUCAUUGCAACCACCGCCAGCACCGUUGCAGGCCUGCCAACGGCUCGGCGCUGCCGCGUCCACGUCUUCCGCCAGUGCGACAGAACCUGCCGGCCGGCCCAGCUGUGGUACGCGUCAAGACAUGCGGUCAGCGUGAGGCAAGCGCCGGUAGGCUUGCCUCCGGUGGACUUGCUUUAUGUCCAAUACAAUCUCCACGCUAUACAAGGACCCGGCAUGGCAAAGGCCACGACAUGGCAAACACAGACGGCACUCAUCCUGCUACUGGCGCUCGCGCUGCCCUGUCUGUGCUCUGCGGGGUCGGCGAGCCCUCGAAGACGGCGCGAGGUCUACAAACGCGCUCGGCCGCCGGGAGGAGACGACGAUGGCGGAAGACCCAUCACGGGCCUCCAGCUGGUUACCGCUGGAAGCGACGACACCGGCACCAGAUUUAACGGCACCGCCGCUAGGCCUAAAAAGCGACGGCCGCGCCUCCUGGACGUCGGCCGGCUCUUGCAGCUGGUCCUGUCGCCGUACAGCAACGCCAGCGAUCGCCACCGAGGCGGCGGAAACAAGUCCCAGCUUCGAGAUCACCCGGUGAUGAGCCGGCGCAUCGACGCGUCCAUGGCCGAACUGGUGGCCGUGCAGACGUUCGACGGGGACGUCGUCUGGAUCGACGCCAAGUUCGUCAACGACUCGCACGGCGCCACCCGUAGGCGACGUCACCGGACGAGGCCCUACAGCGUCGAAGAGAGGCUCUUGCUCGUCAUACCGUUGGUCGCCUUCGUGCUGCCCUUCCUCAUUUGGCUCAGCUGCAUGGUGAUCUGCGUCGUGAGAGCCUCCUCUGUCAAGGAGCCGUACUGACAGAACAGACACGCAGCGGCCGCCGCAACAGCGACGGAAGUGCAACGAAGGCUCAUGUCGCAAGUGCUGUGGCAAGAAGCGCAGUUUGGGGAAAGGUCCCUUUGUCCACGUGGUCGUAAGAUACUGUCGGGCGCAGUGCUUUAGCUCUUUUCCGGCAGCGUUCAGGAGCUUCCGAGUGAGAGUGACAGUUCUGCUGUUCCCUGCCUCUUGAACGUAAAGCGCUGUGUGCAGAUCACUGCUAGCCGUGGGGAAAAGUGGCUUUACAUUGUAUACAGCCUUUUACACUUUCCAAUACACUGCAAGUAGUGAACCAGGAAGUCCUACGUACUGGUCUCUUCUCGAUAACCUACUGGUCUGUCCGCAUGUGUCCGUAGCCGUGGUGCCUGUAGCACGUGAACAAACGAAAAAAGCCUUGGCCGUAAUUGCACAUUCUAACCGACCGUUGUCGUGAACUCUGUAUGGAAACAAACGAUAGACAAAAGGUUUCGCCAUAAAAAAUGCAUUAAAAUUAAUGGUUACGCGAUUCCAUUCUUUAGUCUAUACGUAAUAAGUGCGGUAGGGCAGCAUUGCAAGCCUGCGGGAGUUGUACAUGGGCGACAUAUAAUGAACGAGUACGAAGCAGUGGCGAGAGCGAUAUAAAAUAAAACAUGAAUGAAGAAAAAAGCGAUUUUAUGCAAUUUCCUGCUGAUUACUACAUGUGUCUAGUAUUCUUUCGGAGUUAUCCAUAUAAAUAUCCGUAAAAGUGUAAAUGAUAUUGAGCGCUGUUUUGUAAGUAUUCCUUACUGCUUGUUCUCUUCCUUCUUUAAAAAAAUUGGAACCAGCUUGAAUUUGUUCGUGGACUGUCUGCACAAAUAAAACCGCUUAUUGUGAA